AUGAGAUUUUUAGUAUUAUGGUCAUUAUUAAGCAUUUUUGUGCUGGUAGGGUCUCAGCCGGCAACUCCUUCCCUGUCGAAUGGUAGCAAUAUAACUAAGGACCAAAAUAAGGAAGCCAAUGAGUUAUCUGAUGUCAUAGAGGCCGGUGAGAAUCAUGCAAAUGUUGGUGAUAGAAAAUCCCGAUUUUUCAUUGGCGACUUGGGUUAUUCACCCUGGGGAUGGGGUUAUAGUCCCUGGGGCGGUUAUGGUGGAUAUGGAGGUUACGGCGGCUAUGGAGGCUAUGGUGGUUAUAGCGGCUAUAGGCGCUAUGGCAGAUACGGUGGUCGCAGACGAGUUCGAAACUAUGCCUGGAUAUUUGGAUAA